CUCAAGGUUUGGAAUGGCAAAAUCAGGCCCAGCAUAUGAUUCAAAGAAAAUUAUCUUAGGCAAAGAGUUUUGGCAAAAGGCCUCUGAUAUAAUUAAAGUGCAAGAACCCUUGGUGAAAGUUCUUAAAUUGGUUGAUGGUGAUGAAAAACCAACCAUGGGCUUCAUAUACGAGGCAAUUGAUAGGGCGAAGUUGGCCAUUCAAAAAGAUUGCCGGUUUUACAAAGACUAUUGGAAAAUUAUUGACAACCGGUGGAGUUUUCAGUUGCACCAAGAUUUGCACGCUGCUGGGUAUUUUUUGAACCCACAAUUUCUUUAUGGUGCCCCACCCUCUCCUGAAGUUGCUAGAGAAGUCAUGGAUGGAGUUAAAAAAGUGAUAACCAAGUUGGUACCCGAUAUAGAUACUCAAAUUCGGGCUAUUAAUCAAGUAAGUAUUGGUUCCAUUAAAUUGAAUAAUGAAUUGUUCUAGUAUUUAAUAAUACUUUUAAGAAUAAUUAUUAA